UGCACAGGGAUUUGGAGUUGAGUUUGAGUCGCCAUGUUGUUUUGUUGUUGCUAGCGGUUAUAUUAAGAAAACGGAGGAAAUUGGACAGAGACCGGUCGAGGAAGUGCGGAUAUCCUUGCCGUAAUCAUGUAUCCUGUAGGACAACCACCAGGACCACCAGGAGGUGGACCGCCUACAGGUCAAACUGUUCCUCGUGGUCCACCAGGACCUUCUGGAACUCCUGUGACAACUGCAUUGGCUCCUACUCAGACAGGACCGUCCAUGGCAGUGGUGCCUCAGGGGGCUCAGGCCUCAUCUCCAGAUCUUCCUGUUUUCACUUGUCCUCGUAGACCUAAUGUGGGUACUGAAGGUAGACCAAUCAUGUUGCGUGCCAAUCAUUUUCAAAUCACUAUGCCUCAUGGCUUCCUUCAUCAUUAUGAUGUCACUAUAACUCCUGAUAAGUGCCCUCGUAAAGUUAAUCGGGAAAUUAUAGAAACCAUGGUUGGUGCAUAUAUAAAAAUAUUUGGCAACCAAAAACCUGUUUUUGAUGGAAGAAAAAAUAUGUACACUAGAGAUGAUCUUCCUAUUGGAAAAGACAAAGUAGAACUUGAAGUUACACUCCCUGGUGAAGGCAAAGAUAGAGUAUUCAGAGUGAGCAUUAAAUGGAUGGCAAAAGUUAGUUUAUAUGCUUUGGAAGAAGCACUUGGUGGAAGGUCACGACUUAUGCCUUCUGAUGCCAUUCAGUCAUUAGAUGUAGUUAUGAGGCAUCUUCCCAGUAUGACAUAUACCCCUGUUGGAAGAUCCUUUUUCUCAUCUCCUGAUGGCUACUACCAUCCUCUUGGUGGAGGACGGGAAGUUUGGUUUGGCUUUCAUCAAAGUGUUCGACCUAGUUCAUGGAAAAUGAUGUUAAAUAUUGAUGUAUCAGCUACAGCUUUUUAUAAGUCACAACCUGUGAUAGAAUUUAUGUGUGAGGUUUUAGAUAUUCGAGACAUUAAUGAACAACGAAAACCAUUAACUGAUUCUCAGCGUGUUAAAUUUACCAAAGAAAUAAAAGGAUUAAAAAUAGAAAUUACUCACUGUGGAACAAUGAAAAGAAAAUACAGAGUAUGCAAUGUCACUAGACGUCCAGCACAAAUGCAAUCGUGAGUUUCUAUAAUUUUAAAUUAUAACUUUACUAUAUUUAUCUUUAUUGUUAAAGNUUUUAUGGAUAAAUACAAGAUGAAAUUAAGGUAUCCUUAUUUACCAUGUUUGCAAGUAGGUCAGGAGCAUAAACAUACAUAUUUGCCACUUGAGGUUUGCAAUAUUGUAGCUGGUCAGAGGUGCAUUAAAAAAUUAACUGACAUGCAGACUUCAACAAUGAUUAAAGCAACAGCUAGAUCAGCCCCAGAUCGUGAAAGAGAAAUUAACAAUUUGGUUCGGAAAGCAGAUUUUAAUAAUGAUAAAUAUGUUAGAGAAUUUGGUUUAUCUAUCAGUAAUACUAUGAUGGAAGUGAGAGGAAGAAUAUUGCCUCCUCCUAAAUUGCAGUAUGGAGGACGGAAUACCAAACAACAAGCCAUUCCCAAUCAGGGUGUAUGGGAUAUGAGAGGAAAACAAUUUCAUACAGGAGUCGAAAUUAGAGUUUGGGCAAUAGCUUGUUUUGCUCCACAACGUUCUUGUAGAGAAGAUGCUCUAAGAAACUUUACACAGCAGCUUCAAAAAAUUAGUAGUGAUGCUGGAAUGCCAAUUAUUGGUCAACCGUGUUUUUGCAAGUAUGCUACAGGUCCAGAUCAGGUUGAACCAAUGUUUCGUUAUUUAAAAAAUACAUUCCAAGGACUUCAGUUAGUUGUUGUUGUUUUACCUGGGAAAACGCCUGUUUAUGCGGAAGUAAAAAGAGUAGGUGACACUGUUCUUGGAAUGGCAACGCAAUGUGUUCAAGCAAAGAAUGUUAAUAAAACCUCACCUCAAACACUUUCCAAUCUUUGUUUAAAAAUUAAUGUUAAAUUAGGAGGCAUAAAUAGUAUACUUGUCCCAAAUAUCAGGCCAAAAGUAUUUAAUGAACCUGUGAUAUUUCUGGGAGCUGACGUAACUCAUCCACCAGCAGGUGACAAUAAAAAGCCAUCUAUUGCUGCGGUUGUUGGUAGUAUGGAUGCUCAUCCAAGCAGGUAUGCAGCAACUGUUCGUGUGCAGCAGCAUCGCCAAGAAAUUAUACAAGAUUUGUCUUGUAUGGUUAGAGAAUUGUUAAUUCAGUUUUAUAAAUCAACUCGUUUCAAGCCAAAUAGGAUAAUUUUUUAUAGAGAUGGUGUAUCAGAAGGCCAGUUUCAUCAGGUUCUUGCUCAUGAAUUAUUAGCUGUUAGGGAAGCCUGUAUGAAAUUAGAAGUGGAUUAUAAACCAGGUAUAACUUUUAUAGUAGUUCAAAAACGUCAUCAUACCAGAUUGUUCUGUUCUGAUAAAAAGGAACAAAUUGGAAAAAGUGGUAACAUUCCAGCUGGCACUACAGUUGAUGUUGGUAUAACACAUCCAACAGAAUUUGAUUUUUAUCUUUGUAGUCAUGCAGGUAUACAAGGCACAAGCCGACCUUCACAUUACCAUGUUCUUUGGGACGACAACCAAUUCACAGCAGAUGAAUUACAGUGCCUGACAUACCAAUUGUGCCAUACUUACGUUCGUUGCACCCGAUCUGUCUCAAUUCCAGCUCCUGCUUAUUAUGCUCAUUUGGUGGCUUUCAGGGCACGUUAUCAUCUUGUUGAAAAAGAGCAUGAUCGGCAAGAAAUGGCAGGAGGAAGUCAGAGUUUGAAUGGUGAUGGUAGCCAUCAAUCCAGCAACGGAGAUGAUCGCACAGUCAGUGCCAUGACGAGAGCAGUUACAGUUCAUCCAGAGAACAACAAAGUUAUGUACUUCACUUGAUCCUUGUUACUUGUAAGUUGGAAGUUACAGACUGUGAUUUGCAGUGAAAUAUUGUUAUUUUAGUGUACCCACAUGGUGUAUAUGCUUGUGGUGCUGGACAAUGUCAACCAAAAAUAUCGAGGGUAGGAUUUGAGCAUUCCUCAUAGACUGUUGUUGCUUCCACUGUAAAGUAUCUUAAGUAAUGUUUGAAAGCCGUUAUUUAUAAUUGUGCUUCACGGUGUUUUAUAUAGUUUAUUGACAAAAUUGGAGCUCCUUAAAGCAGUGGUCAGUUUAGUCUUCCUGUGCUGCAACUAUUCACAUGCAUUAGACAAGUGGUAAGCAGCUAGCAUAUGCUUUGGAGGCAGUUAGCUUCCAAAGCAUAUUAUGUACAUCGUGUACAGUAAUUGAUAACUAUCUCAUCUGCAUAAUGUGAUUUUAGCACCUAGACUAUCUUUAAAAAUUUUUUACACUUACCCAUGAUAGUUGUUUUAUAACUGUCUGAUGGAUAUUAUAAAUAUCACCUCAUGUGUUCAGAGGGAUGACAGAGUUGCUUGACAUAAGAAUUGUAUGAGAUGCAAUAACUUUAACAAUAGGAAAAAAAUAAAUUGUCCACAUGAAAUUAGUAUCAUAUACAGGACUUUUUAAAUUAGAAUGCUUUAUAUUUUUAGAUAAAGUAAAAAGAAAAAUUAACAAUGCUGACUUAAAAGUAAUGAAUUUUGAAAUAAAUUACUACUACUUCUUAUUUAAGGAUUAGUGUUUCACAAUUGAUUUCAUUAUACAUUGUGGUCCUGUUUAUGAUAUUAUUAACAUUAGGAGUACCUGAUUUUAUUUAUAUAAAAUGCUGCUUGAUAGCAAUAGAUCUGUGAGUACAAUAUAUUAUUCUAUAAGGUAUUAUAUUUAUGUUUUCCUCUUUCUCUCUCUCUCUUUCUAAAAGACUUUUGGGAUCAAAUGUGAUUUUUCUUUUUAUACUCAAAAUAUUUUAGAGCCAAAUAAGAUGGUGACAAUGAUUAUACUUUGACAAUGCAAACAUUGUAACUAGUCAUUUGGCAUUACUGACUUUGGAUUAAGUUAAGUGUUGCCAAAAUCUUUAUUGCAAAUUAAGACAAUGGUGAAAUUCCAAUAAAUGAAUUGGGGAAGUGGUCUUAUUUUGUAACGCACCUUUACAGAAGUGUAUACAAAAUUAAUUUUUAUUCAAUGAAUUGUGUUAAAUUUAGUAUCAUGUUUAAAAAUAAUUUUUAUUCGUAAUAUGAAUAAACUUCUUUUUAAUAUUUUUUUAAUUUUCAGAAUUAAAUUCCUUUUCAUAGGUUAUUUAAAGUUGUGAUGAGAUCCUAUAGAGGCCAAGGAUCCCAUUAUUAUGAUUAAUUAAUUAAUAAUUUUUUAUUACCACCAUUAUUAUUAUCACCAUUCUCGUUAUUACCAUUAUUUUUAAGCACGUGACAUUGUCAAGCUAAACAAUAUGCAUCUAUAGUAAUUUGAAAUUGUUAUAGUUAAUAAAAAUCCUUUUGAAUUAUACUCAUGGAAAUACUAUCCUAACAAUAAAUAAGUUAAUCUGGAUCAGUGAUGUCCUUGUUUGUUUUUGUUUUAUUGCAAAUUCCACAUACAAUGCUAUAAAAAUGUGCUUUCAUCAUACUUCUUAUGCAUUCUAAAACCAUAGUUAUUCUCCUAAUGAAAUUAAUUAUUAGAUAUUGUACAGUUCAAGAGUUUAAGGAUGUUUUUUCCUUUUGUACUUUGUAUAGUGAGAUAUCAAUUACUGUCUUGUUUUUCAUAGAUUCCACACAUAUUUGUUUAUAAUAAAGACAAAUAAACUAAAUUGUUUAAAAUAAGUGGCUUGUAGGAAAAUUGAUAGGUUUACUCCUAUUCUACAAGUUAAGAGAUGAUUUAAUAUUUUGCCGGUAAUCUGGGUGAAAUUUAAUUUUUGCUUAUGGCAUUAAUUUUUCAAAGAAAAUUUUUAAAAGUUAAUACAAUUAAAUCAUUAGUAAAAGUUAUAUUUGAUUUAAAAUCUUUUUUAAGAAUCACUAACAUCCUUUUUUUGUGUGAUGUAGUAUUGAAUUUUCCACUGAAUUCUUAGAUGAAGAAAAUGAGUUGAAUGGCAAUUAUUUUCAUUUAAAAAAUAUAUGCUAUUUGAUUCUUUCCUGUUAUGGAGUUGUCUUAGGGCUUAAAAGUUAAUCUAUUUAUAAUAUUUAUCAAGCUUGAAAUGAAUGUAUAAAUUUAUGGCAUUUUUUUGCCAGGAGCUAAUAAGAGGAUUCCAAUUUGUCAAUUCUGUAGUCUUCAGAAUUGUUUAAAUGUAUGUUUAUUUAUUUUUUCAUUUAUUCAUUUUGAAAACACCAAAAUCAUUUAUGAUUUUGUUUAUUAAUUAAUGUAUAUUUUGUCUAUCAUUUAAAUGUCCCUUAAUAAUAAUUUAAGAAGAGUGUUUCUUUAAAGUAUGUUCAGACUUUGAAAUAUUAUUUUGAAAAAAUUUUCUAGACUACUUGAAUAACUUAAAUUCAGAUUAAUAAAUGCUGUUUAUCUGCAGUUUGCACUGUGGUGGUUUUCCUCCAACUGAUAUAAUAAUUAACUAUAUAGUUAUGCUUUUAGUUAGAAAAUUAUAGAUUCUAGAUUCAAAUAUAUAAUUGAAAUUUGAUUUUGUUAAAAAAUCAAAUUUCACGUAUUAUAUAUUUGAAAAGUUAAAAAAGUUAUUAAUUUAAGAUUUUUAUUGUUUGUGCAAAGGUUUUGAGCUAGUUGUUUUACUGUAGAUAAACUGAAUAGAAAUGAUUGCAGAUUCUUAUAUCUUAUUUAACUCAAGGAAAAUUACUGUAUAUUCCGGCUUAUAAGACAACUUUUUAACCCAGGAAAAUCUUCUCAAAAGUUGGGGGUUGUCUUAUAGGGCGGGUGCUGCAGUCAGCCGGGACGCCCAGGGUAUGGAUAGAGAUAGAGCGGCACUGUGCCCAGAAAAACACACAUCUUUCACCCGUCCAGCCCACCUUUAUAUGUAUCCUAUUACCGUACCUCUUUCUCUGCCUCUCAGAUCUUGCUCUUGAGGACUGCAGUGAAGCGGCACAGGCGCACAUGUGUGACAUCUGAGAGGCAGAGAAGGAGGUAUGGUAAUAGGAUACAGGGGCAGGCUGGUAUAAAAAUUUCCAACAGUCAAGUACAGGUAACCCCCGUAUAACACAGUAGUUAUGUUCCAAAAAAUUGUCAUGUUAUGCGAAACAAAGAACUAGUACGAAAAGGAGGGUUAGGUUCCAAAAAUUAAAAAACAUGCUAGUAUAUUUU